GGCCUUAGUAUUGUUGCAGUCGACAAGCAGGAUGUGCUCCCGUCUGCUGACUCUGGCCGCCCUGGGGCUGGCGCUGGCCGGCUCCGUGGCAGCCGAGGCCUCGUGGAACUGGCCCGACGGCCAGCAGAGGCCCGCAAAUUCGCCGGCGUCCACCUCCGCACCGGUCUCCAGGGACACGCCCUCCGUCUCCGGGAGGAGGUUCGCCGACGUACCUGGCAGGCCCCGGUACGAGAUCACGGACCCCGACAGUGACGACUUCACCCUGCCUCACCCCGAGGACCUGCUCCCCAACCGGCCUUUCUCCAGGCCACCCAUCAGCAACAGGCCGUUCGAGAACAACUACCCCCUGCUGAACCCCAACGCCGGCUACCGCCCGCCGCGGCCCCUGCCCCCGCAAGGGCCCCUGGGGCCCGUCAACCGCCCGCCGCCCGGCGUGGACCGCUACGACCCCAGCGACGUGUCCAAGUGCAAGUGCGUCCACGCCUUCAACUGCGAGGGGAACGCGCUGCAGUUCGGCUCUUGCGACGUCGGCAAGCGCUACUGCUGCUCCAAGGAGCCCCGCUCUCUCGGCCCGCGCCCCGGCGGCUACGGCUCCACUCCCGGAGGCCCCGGACAGCGGCCCGGCGUCCUGACGGGGCCCGGCGGCCCCACGGGCUUCGGGCCCGUCAAGGAUGACCGGUUCGACCGCUAUCCCGGCACGUCUCCGUACGACCGCUACCCUGGAUCGGGCGCGUCUCCUUACGACCGCUACCCCGGAUCGGGCGCGUCUCCUUACGACCGCUACCCUGGCUCGGGGUCGAGCCCUUACGAUCGCUUCCGCGGCGACCGCUACCCCGGUUCCAGGCCCGACGUGCUGGUCGGCCCGCGACCCACGCCCUACCGCCCCGAUCCGGCGGCCGGAUUCGCCACUAGGCCCGGGGACUACCCCAUCCGCGGCCUCAACAGCCCCUACCGCGACUACGACAACUACAAUAGGGGAUACGGCCUGGGUGGCAGGUCGUGAUUGUGCCGACUCCCCGCCUUGCCGCCCAGCCGCGCAGCUCGUCUAGUCAUGGGCCCACAACCGUGAGGUACCAACCUUUGUUACCAAGUCUACCGCCCCGCUCGCUUCGUAGCGUAUGCCCCAAGAUCUCCUUGGCCACUACCUCAUCCCAGAAACAUCCAUGUAAUAAGCCUAGCAGGUCUCCUCAAGACUGAUUAACUCCAAUCGUACAUCGUCCAUUCCUGUUUUUGUUUUUCACAACCAUAAUUAUUAGACCUAAUUUGUUUGUAAGUUUAGUUAAGAUACUGAGGUUAAUAAAUGUGUGGCGUAUGACCACGGACUAAAGGAAA